GGAUUGGCUUGCUGCGCGUUGGCGCAACGGAAGAGGCGGACGGUGGAGGGGGCGCCUCUGCUUGGGCUGGACUGCCGCGGAGGAGGCGACGAGGGUUUCGGCGCUGGGGGGCUGGCUUGGGCGGCAGCGGCGGCUGCUGCGGAUGGGAGCGGGCCGGCUCGGCGUGCCCAUGGAGCGCCACGGCAGAGCGGCCGACACCUACGCCUCGGCGGGGGAGCCGGCGCCCGAAGGGCCUGAUGGGCGGCGGCGGGAGCUGCUGCGGCGCCGGGCGAGUAGCGCGUCGGAGCCCCCAGUCGGGUCCUCUGCCUCGGCUUCGGCAGAGGGCAUUAGGCGAAACCGGCCCGGCUCCUACAGCGGCGCUCCCUCGGCCUCCCGUCAGCGCGUGGAAAGCCUCAGGAAGAAGCGGCAGCAGAGAUGCACCUGCAAGCCGGAGAGAGGGGAGAGAGAAUCUCAAGCAGGCCCGCGUGGAAUGCGGUGCUAA